ACUUGAAACGAGAACUAUCAUAAAAUUCAAACAUAUAACAAAUAUAUUUCUCAUUUUUGUGGUAAAUUUUUUCUAUGAAUAAAAUAAUGGGAACUAAAUACCAAAAUAAUUCUAAACCAAGUACUUCAACCACAUCUGAUUACAUAUUACCUUCAAAGAAUGGAAGUAACUUCACACAGAUGAAUCAGAUAAGUGAACUUUUCAAAGAAAUAAAAAUACAAAAUAACGUAGAAUAUAAUGAAGAAAAAGAUGAACAAUUUGCAGGACAAAUUGACAAUAUUAUUCAAGAACUUAAUGUAGUGCUUGUAAAACCGUUCUCCUCUGACGGUCUUUUGUAUUUUGGCACCCAGCUGUUUUUAAAGCGUGGAACAAAAUACACAUUGUUGGGUUACAUAGAUGAUAUAUUUGGAUCUAUCGGAAGACCUAUGUACUCUGUAACUAUGGAAUGCAACCCAGAAGACAUAUCUAUCGUUAAUACCCAAGUAUAUUAUUUUCCAAAUAAUCCAAGUACUUCGUACAUGUAUAUAAAACAAAUGAUAGACGAGACUUCCAAGAAAGAAAAGUACAGCACUAUAAUAAAGCAUUUAUAA